GGACCUGCGGGCGCGAAAUCAGGAGAAACCUAUUGAGACUUUCUCUGUCUUCCAGGACUGUUCAGUCUGUGGAAUGAUUCCUGGGCGGUUAUUCCGUCCAUGGACUUAAUACUGGUUUACCCAAGACUUCUUUUAUCACUUUAAAGAGAAAGAAGAUCACCUGUAACUGCUGACCAAUGACACCUGUUGUCUCUUCAGCGCUCGCUUUAAGAGAAACUCUGCUGUAAACAAACUACAAGGAUAUUUGAACGUUUGGUGACGCAGUUAAGAUGAAAGUGACGGUGAAUUUCGGGGAAACAAGGAUUGUCGUCCCGUGUAAAGACGGUUGGAUGGUGCGGGAUUUGAUCGAUCAAGCCACUCAAAGAUACAAGAAGAUUGUUGAACAGGAUGGGGAAUUCCUGGUGCGGACGCUCCAUGUGGAGUAUGUGGAAGGGGGGAUCCUGGACCCAGAUGACAUGCUAACAGACCUGGUAGAGGACAAAGAAAAGUUGAAGGCUGUGUAUGAGAAGAUGGAGCUCCAGCAGAGGGCGAUGGUGAGUCCCGGGGGCAGUAUGGCAUCCAGUCGCUCCAGCCCUGACCCCUCUGAACCUGAGCUCAGUGUCCUGCAGCCCUACCUGGGCAGUGAGAUCGAGGUCACCCCCUCUGCCCUCAAAUCAACCACUCCUCUAUCGGUGCGAAGCAGCAGUGACCCCGCCCUCGCCCCACCCCUGGAUAUCAUUUCACUGGACCCCGAGGACAUCAACAGACCCCAGGCCACUGGUGUCGGUCAUGCAACCUCUGUGAAGGGAGGAGCCAUGAACAGACCAAAGGUGGACGUCCCAAACUCCAAGACUGCACAAGUCGACUUAAGAAGCCUCACACGGACGGUGAAGAUUUCUGGAGACCCCGGGCCUCUGGGCAUUAAAGUCAUAUCAUACUGUUCCUCACUGAGUGGAAGGGCUCUGGGUCUAAAUAUCCGAGUGAUCGAGAAGAACAGCCGCUCUGAACGCGAGGGGAUCUUUGAAGAGGACGAGUGCAUCGUGCAGAUCAAUGACACUGAGUUAAUAGACAAGUCCUUCGCUCAGUCUCAAGAAGUGUUUAGCCAAGCCAUGUCCUCACCCACCAUACGUUUGGAGGUGCUUCCUGUCGCAAACAGGCUCCUCUAUGAAAAGAGUCUCAUUGGGCAGCUUUUCAACAACACCGAACCAAUCCCUGCGGUCCCUAAAGUCAAGAGUCCUUUCUUGGUUCAUAAGCUCACCCCGAGCAAUACAUCGACGCCGUCUCCAGAGCCUCCUGCAUCACAGACUCCACCCCAAAAAGAGGAGGAGUUUCAGCCUGCAAGACACACCCCCAUCCAGACAAGUCAUCACAGAGCCACGCCUUCUCCUCCAGUCAGUGCAUCACCUACCCUGAAAGAUGGCAGCGAGAGCCCCGCCCCCAAAAAGAUCCCUGCCCUCGCCAUACUGGUUGAUAUGAUCAGCAAAAAGCCUGGGAAGAAAAUGAAGAUCGAUUUAAAGAAAGGUAUGGAGGGCCUUGGAUUCACCGUGGUAACCAGAGACUCGUCCCUUCAUGGUCCAGGACCCAUUAUGGUCAAGAGCAUCCUGCCCCGCGGAGCUGCUGUUAAAGACGGACGGCUCAAGUCUGGAGACCGUAUCCUGGAGGUAAAUGGAGUGGACAUCACGGGACGCACACAAGAGGAGUUGGUGGCUAUGCUUCGGAGCACCAAACUGGGAGAAACCGUGUCUCUGGUUGUUGGAAGACAAGAGGAGGCAUUGCCCAGAGAGCUGAAAGGAGAGCCAUCGGGUCUGCAGCUUUCGGAGGACGGGAGAGAGCAGCUGAUGUUUGAAGUUCCUUUGAGUGACUCCGGCUCAGCUGGUCUGGGGGUCAGUCUGAAGGGUAAUAAGUCCCGAGAGACUGGAGAAGACCUGGGCAUCUUCAUCAAGUCCAUCAUCCACGGCGGCGCUGCACACAAGGACGGUCGCUUGCGUAUCAAUGACCAGCUGAUAGCGGUUAAUAGUGAAUCGCUGAUUGGACGCUCCAACCAUGAUGCCAUGGAAACCCUGCGGCACUCCAUGUCGACUGAAGGGAACCUCCGAGGAACCAUCCAGCUGGUGGUUCUGCGUGCUGCGGAGCACUCGUCUGCUCAGGGGGUCCGCCAUGUUCACUGGGGUCCCCCUUUUGUUAAUGUGGCGGAAAAUCAAGAAAGCAGUCAAGCUGUCACCAGAAACGACUCUCCUGUUCAUCUUCAUCCAAACAGCAACAACACCAACGGUUCGGCACCACCAUCCACAGCAAACAACCGCAUGUACGAGUCUGCUCCUGCUUCUUACAGACCCCCUGGUGGACCACAGGAACUGCCGGAGGAAGAUUACGAUGAAGAUGAUUUCCCCCGUCCACCUUCUGAUCUGAGCCGGCUGGAAACAAACCCUCCACACAAACACCAACAGAAUCGGGCUGAAAUGGAGCCUGUUUCCUACAAACCCAACAACCAACCAUACCCUCAACGACAGAAAGUCCCAGAUUACCCCACCAACAAGUCCUCCAAGAGCAUGGAUUUAGUGGCAGAUGAGAGUAACAUGGCCUCCAUUCAAGAACAGAGACCCGAACCCCUCUCCUCUAAUGGGACGGCGCUGGGACCCAGGUUAGGUCUGCAGAAGUCCAGUUCUCUGGAGAGUCUCCAGACCGCGAUGGAGGAGGUCGGUAAGGACGAGGUGCCCUUCCAUCGUCCACACGCUCAAAUGGUGCGAGGCCGAGGAUGCAACCUCAGCUUCCGACACGCCAUCGACAAGUCCUACGACGGGCCUUCUGAACCCGAGGAUGAUGACUCUGAGGAAGACUCCGGAAGAGACACGCCUGCCAGCAGCUCUUCUCGACAGGAUCUGGAUGAUGAGAAGAAGGUAAAGAAAAAGAAAACCAAAAAGAAGAAAGAGAAAAAGAGCAAAAAGAAGGACGAGCCCGAAGACCCUGAGAAAAAGACAAAGAAAAAAGGAUUUGGAUUGUUGAGCAUGGAGACGCCGCCUGACCUCAGAUCAGUGCAGAAGAAUAUGUUUGGGAGAAAAAACAAACCCAAGGCUAAAGAACUGGGCGCUUUGAGUGAAGAAGAGGUGGACAAGAGCGAACCUGAGAUUCUGUCCAAAAGUGAAAGGAGCAGCCCUGCUCCUGACCGCGCCAUCUUCCCUGACGUCGAAGACGAUGACAUGGAUCCCAACUAUGCUCGGAUCAGCAAUUUCAGAGAACCUCCCGCCUCCGGUCAGCCCCCCUAUCCACCAGGAACUCCCACCCAUAACUACUCUCAGCCUACAGUCCCCGCCCCCAACAGAGAGCUGCCCAAUGAGGAUGUGCUAGAGGGGCUUUAUGCUAAAGUUAACAAGCAAAGAACCGCCCCUCCAAAGCCUGACAGUAAUGAAGAGCGCUUGCAGCAAAUCAGGAAUCAGCUUCAGCAGGUGAGACCGGCUCCGUCCUACGAUGACCUGAGCGCCCGAAGACGACCGGAGUACGACCCUUCACGAAUCAGAGGGCCUGAUCUACGAAUGGUCCCCAGAUACAACAACUCUGAUCAACUGUACGCCUCCGUGCCCAGGUAAGCCUGCGUUUGUGUGUGUAUUUUCUCUUGUGCUUAGGUUUGCAUGUCCUUGUACCAUAUGCUGGACAUAUGUGGCUCUGUUGGAUCCAGAGAGUCAACAAAACAAGACUGGGGAAGGUGGAGGGGACUUCCCUUCCUUCACACACACGCUCAGUUUAAUCCUCUUUCAGCCCCCUAAUUAAAU